AUGGUCAACUACCGUCCUUCGCAAGUUCUGUGUCAAAUAAAUAUGGAGGGAAAGACUGUUCUGGUCACUGGAUCGACCAGUGGGAUUGGAUUGGCUACGGCGAAAAUGUUUCUAAAUCGAGGCUGUGACGUCAUCGUUACGGGAAUUGCUGAACAAAGCGUUAUUGACAACGUUCUAUCGGAUAUGAGCAAGUUACCGGGAAAAGUCAUUUUCAUACCAGUCGAUCUCACAGAGAAGUCGUCAAUUCAUGCCUUCUGUCAAAAUGUAGACGCGGUUUACCCCGAUGGUGUAGAUGUACUCAUUAAUAAUGCCGGUAUCCAACACGUGUGUCCUGUGGAAGAGUUCCCGGAUGUGAAGUGGGACGAGAUGAUCGGCGUCUGCUUGUCGGCACCAUUUCACCUCAUCAAACAUUUCUUAUCUGCCAUGAAACGCAAAGGUUGGGGUCGCAUCAUCAACAUGUCGUCACAGAUGGGACUCAUCAGCGCCCCUGGAAAGGCCCCCUACAGCGCUGCCAAAUCGGGUUUAAUUGGGCUUACCAAGGGCGUGGCCUUGGAAGCCGCUGAGUUCGGGGUCACGUGUAACGCGGUAUGUCCGGGAUUCUGCGUGACAGCAAUGACGGACAAACAGUUUGUGGUGUUGGCUGAAAAGUGGAACACAACUGCGGCUGAAGCAAAGGAGAGAUUUAUAAGGGAAGGACAUCCUACAAAAAAAGCGACAGAGAUUUCACAAGUGACAGACUACAUCUGGUUCCUGUGUUCCCCGGGUGCUGAUAACAUGACGGGUACAGCUGUACCUCUGGAUGGCGGCAAUACGUCACGAUAGACCGGAAGCUAUGCUGCAUCCAAUAGGCCUAGUGUAUAAUAUUACGUCAGUAUUUGGGUGCGCCAUGCAUUUUAAGGUUUAAGGUUGGUUAAAAGCUAAUAACAACGCGAAAUCCUACCAAUACGUAAUCACCUGUACUAUCGCACAUUGUUUUGGUCGUUUGCCUGUUAUCUCACUUAGAGAUCCAUAAUAGAAUAUAUAUUUCCACGAUGACGUCGUAACGCUAAGGGAGACAAUUACCGCCAUUUUGCCUUCUUUACCCACCAGAUGUCUCUCAGGUGAUUUGUGACCAACGGCUGCCUGUCCGCUAUUCCAAAGCAUCUUGAAAUUCAAGCUGAUAAAUCCCUAACCAAAGCUAUAAAACAACGGGAUUUUGAGAUAUUAAAUGAAAGCGCAAAUUCAGCAAGAAAUUGGACUUAAUUCAUCUGGACUAAUUUGAUAACAUCAUUGAUAACAUCCAGUUUAAAGUAGAGCACAGUGGUCCGAACAAAAAGUAGAAUGUAUGUUUAUCAUGGAGAGCAACACGUACAAGUUGACCUUGAAGGUUUCCUUUGUGUUGGAAAUUCACGGAUGUCUGUGGAACCGCUUUGUGACUUAUAAACAGCAAUAUUUUAUUCGAGAGGAAAUUUUUCAUUUGAAGUAGAAUGAAACAGUGGAUAAACGGCGGGUUAUUCUCAAUUUGUGAUAGACACAUAGACCAACUCCCCAUCGUCACA